CCCGCCUUCGUUCAGUGACGCGCUUCCGCCAAGAUGGUCGUAGGCGCUUUUCCCAUCGCUAAGCUGCUCUAUCUGGGCGUCCGUCAGCUCAGUAAACCGGUGGCCAACAGGAUUAAAGCAGGAGCUCGGAGUAGUGAAUUCUUCAAGAAUUACAUAUGUCUUCCUCCGGCGCAGGCGUACCACUGGAUCGAGAUGAAAACGAAGAUGAGGAUAAUGGGCUUCCGUGGCUCUGCCAUCAAACCACUUAAUGAGGACGCGGCUGCAGAGCUGGGAGCCGAGCUGCUCGGCGAGGCCAUCAUCUUCCUCAUCGGGGGCGGCUGUCUUGUACUGGAGUACAGCAGGCAGGCAGCGAACAGCAGGAGAAAGGAAGAGGAGCUGACCCUCACUAUCAACAGCCUGCAGACGCAACUUGGAGAACUGGCCCUUACCACAGAAACACUAGACGCUCAGCUCCGUGAGGUCAACAGGCUUCUGCUGUCCUUGCCACCUGCGCCGAGUGGCAAAAACUAACGCCAAACAUUAAUGCGUGGCACCGAGUGGGACAGACAGACUAAAUCUGUAUGUGUGUGACGUACUACAAUACAAAGUGGCACCACCAUGUAUAUAUGACACUUGAAAAAAUCCUGCCAGGUUUUGUGAGCCUGGGAUCAACAUGUAAUCAGAAUGGGCAUCAGAACCUGUGGUUUAGUGUGUGUACUCAUUUUGUGGCUUGGUUCAGUAUUGCAUAUGUGGACAGCAAAAGAUUCAUUUAUUGGCACAAUUUAACCCAAGUUAAUUUGUUCUCUUAUCACACUGUGCAGAAACGUUUCAUAUUUCUCUGUAGGACUUUUGUAGUUCAUUAGACAACUGAAUUCAAUCUGAAAAUAGUUGAUGGUCGUAGCUUGGUUAAGGUCAAUCGCAAUAAGUAUAUUUGUUUCUGAAUGUCUCAGAAUUCAGCUCAGCUGCAUUUUAUUGAAUCCGUUUAUUCAAUACUGACUGCUCGUAGCUCAGAGCAAUGAGGAACAGGAAGUGUUUUCACUUUCGCACUGUAUGUCAUUGUCUGGAUUGUUUUGUGCAUUUGGCCAGGUUAGUGAUGCCCUUCCCCUAUCUUCAGUUUCAUGCUCUAAAACACAAUAUUUCACUCAUUGUUGGUUAAUUAACUAAUCAAACAUUUGUGUCGUUGUGUUUGGGCAAAGCAAACUGCAAAUAGACUUUGGAUAAUUACAUUAAGUAAAAGUUUGAGAAAAUUGAAUACAUCAGACUUGUGAUUGCAAGCCCCAUGCCUGUGCACUGAUCCUGUUUGUCUUGGAGGAUGUCUGAAACGAUAUGUGCAUAGAGAUGUAUAUUGAUUAUUGUAAAAUAAAAUAAAAUGAAUGCCCUAUAGCUUGGCUGUUUUUU